AUGCUUCUCUCUUCCCCAAUGGCGGAAUACUCGCUUAAAGAAACGCACACUUUUGAGUUUUUUCUUUUUCUAACAGACGCCUCCGAGCGGCAGUUGAUUAAAUUCGUUAAUGACUUGGAGAAAAAACUGCUGCAAAUAGCAAAGCUCUCAUACCGCAGGAUUAAGGACUCUGGCACUAAAAUUUCAAUUAGCACUUUCUCUGGGGAGUACUUGGAAAUCAUCCUUACAGAAAUAUCAAGUGCGUAUAACAUAUCUAUCUGUACGUCACUGCCGCCGUAUCUGCUCAGUAACAAGAACAACCUUCUUAUGGAGUUUGACCAGAUAUCCUCCUGGAAUAACACAGCCAUUCACUACAACUUCUUAAAGUCGCACUUCACAGUGACCAUAACAGGAAAUGAGAAGAAAGUCUUUAAAACAAGGACUGAGAUGUACAAGCUCAUUGAAAAGAUGCACGGCCGUGCACCUUCCUUAAUAAACACACCUGUUCAUGCUGCGGAUAUUCUGGCCAGUGGUGGACACGUCUAUUUUGAAAGUAAAAUACUUUGCAGUAAUGCUCUUCUUGCAGCUGCCUCCUCUGAGUACAUAAGUGCUUCAAAGCCAAAGACUCCCGUAUUUAAGAAAGAUUUAGUAGUUGACAAAGUGUCUCUGCUAUACUCGCUAACUUACAUGCGGCUCUCUAUUGAAGAUAUUCUUGUGAAGAAUGAAACGUACAUAACGAACAUUUCAUAUUUAAACUCUACGGCAUCUAUUGAGAUGACUGGAUUCUGUAAGAAACUGUUGAAAGAUGCGGUCUCUGAGAUGGAAAUGCUCUUUAUAUCAAUUAUAACCUUGAAAAUUCAAAGGAUUGACCCGUACACCACGGCAAAAGUGUUUUUGUUUAAUCUGCCUGGUUAUAUUCUUGUUGUGGGCGAGGCAUGCGAAGUAAAAAAGAUUCUUCGUGAGAUAGACAUGCAGUGCGAAAUUUCUGUUUUAAUACCUCCAGCAAUUGAAGAAUUCAUCUGUGGAAAGAAAAAUGGCAAGUUAAACAAAGUCGCCAGAGAGAGUGACUGUAACCUAACAAUACGAAAGGACGCAAUGAUUUCUGUGUUAAUACAGGGCGGGUCGCAUAAUGCUGAAUUCUCCCUAAGCAUGAUAGAGGAUGAACUUCCAACGGAGCACUCCUUCUACCUCCAUGAAAAGCACCAUAAGAGAAUUAUUGGGUACGGCGGAAAAUCAAUUCAGAGGUUAAUGAAGAAGAAUGGAGUCUACAUUAAAUUUGACAGUACAACAGAAGCAGGACACAAUGUAAUCAUACGAACACCAACGAAGAACAAAGAGUCUCUAUACAAAAUGUAUAAAGACGUGAUGGAACUUGCCGGAGAGACUCCUUAUAUGAUGCAUGGGGCCUGGCACCCUCUUUCAUUCUCUGAUUUCUAUGCUUUAGGCGCACAGAGGUUCAGAUUUAGAAUAAAUCUAAUUGAGGUUUUUACACAGGAGCCAGUUGAUAUCCAGUACUACUUAGCAGAACUGCGGGCAUCAGAGAAAAAAAGAGCCAUUUACACCAUAGGAGAUAAAUCUGUCAUUGCAUCUGACACGCAUAUUAGUGAGUCAGAGCUAAUUACCACGGAAACAUGGGCUAGUGCAAACUCUGCAUCUACUUACUUCUCAUGGAAGUAUGAAGAGCCCCUUUUCUGCGAUAAACUCAUCUGGGGAAAGCAUUGGAGAGAAAAGGGCUUUUCAGACUCUUGGAAUAGCACGCCCUGGAAAAGUAGUUUCACAGAAUAAG